AUGGGCAAUAUCACUAUCAUCACAGAAUUCCUCCUCAUGGAUAUAUCAAGCUCUCAGGCGCUCCAAGUCUUACAAGGUCUGCUGUUCUUAAUGAUUUAUCUGGGAACACUUGCUGGAAAUCUUCUGACAAUUAUAGUCAUUGUGACAGACCCACGUCUUCACUUUCCUAUGUACUUUUUUAUAGGCAAUUUAUCCUUCAUAGAUCUUUGCUCUAUUUCAGUUAGUGUUCCCAAAUCAACUGUGAAUUCCUUGACAGGUAGAAAAUCAAUCUCACUCAAAGAAUGUGCUGCUCAGAUUUUCUUGUAUAUAUUCUUUGCAUCUACAGAACUUGCUUUUCUUGUGUUGAUGUCUUAUGACCGCUUUAUUGCCAUCUGUCAUCCCCUGUACUAUGGGCUCACUGUCACCCCACAUGUGUGUGCACAGGCAGCAGGGGGCUCAUGGGUCAGUGGACUUCUAUUUUCUGCCAUCCAUACAGUCACCAUGUUCAGGCUUCCGUUUACAAAGUCCAAUGUGAUCCAUCAAUAUUUCUGUGAAGUACCUCAAAUUUUGAGAAUAUCAUCUUCAGAUGUUCAGUUAUCUGAAUCUAUACUCCUAGCUAUAAGUCCUGGCAUUGUUUUAGUCUGUUUUGCUUUCAUGUUUAUGUCAUAUAUUAAAAUAUUUUCAAGUGUACUUCAGAUGCGCUCUGCAGAAGCCCGCAACAAAGCCGUAUCUACUUGUACCCCACAGUUGGCUAUUAUUCUUUUGUUUGUAAUUUCUAGAUUAAUUGCUGCCCUAGGACCUAUUGCAAAUAAAGCAUCUCUUAAAAAUUUUCUGACAGCCAUGUUCUACAACAUGUUGCCCCCACUUAUAAAUCCCCUAAUCUAUAGUUUGCGGAACAGGGAAAUUAAAAGUGCUAUUGGCAGAAUGUACAAAAGAUGUUUUGAGUUUCCAAGCAAGGUUUUAUUUGAUUAA